AUGCCCCUUUAUGCGUCCCGGGAGCGAGUUUCAGGGCCCUCUACCUGGGAAGCCACGGAGAGUCUCUCACUGUCCUGUUACCUUUCCGAGGCCCUGGCAACAGGGUUCAGGGCCGUUUUCUCAAGAAUGAGUUCUGUGGUACGAAAACAUUUGGCGUUCUGGAUAGAGUUCAUGAUGGGGUCGGGGGUUUCUGUUACCAGUGGCCCUGUGGAGACAUUCUCGGGUGGGAAAGCCAGGCUGCAGAUGGGGAAGCGGCUGGCCGGGGCAGCCCAGGUUUGCGAGGCGGAGCUACACCAGGAGGUAUUUAUUCCUAUCUUUUUUUUGUCUGCAGGUGGCUGUUCCUUUGAUGAACACUACAGCAACUGUGGUUAUAGCGUGGCCCUGGGGACCAACGGGUUUACCUGGGAGCAGAUUAACACGUGGGAGAAACCAAUGCUGGACCCUGCGGUGCCCACAGGAUCCUUCAUGAUGGUGAACAGCUCUGGGAGGGCCUCUGGCCAGAAGGCCCAUCUUCUCCUGCCGACCCUGAAGGAGAAUGACACCCACUGUAUCGAUUUCCAUUACUACUUCUCCAGCCGUGACAGGUCCAGCCCGGGAGCCUUGAAUGUCUAUGUGAAGGUGAAUGGUGGACCCCAGGGGAACCCUGUCUGGAACGUGUCUGGGGUCGUCACGGAGGGCUGGGUGAAGGCAGAGCUUGCCAUCAGCACCUUCUGGCCACAUUUCUACCAGGUGAUAUUUGAAUCCGUCUCUCUGAAGGGUCAUCCUGGCUACAUCGCUGUGGACGAGGUCCGGGUCCUUGCUCAUCCAUGCAGAAAAGCACCUCACUUUCUGCGGCUCCAAAAUGUCGAGGUGAAUGUGGGGCAGAAUGCCACAUUUCAGUGCAUCGCUGGUGGGAAGUGGUCUCAGCAUGACAAACUUUGGCUCCAGCAAUGGAAUGGCAGGGACACGGCCCUCAUGGUCACCCGCGUGGUCAACCACAGACGCUUCUCGGCCACGGUCAGCGUGGCGGACACUGCCCAGCGGAGCGUGAGCAAGUACCGCUGUGUGAUCCGCUCCGACGGUGGCUCCGGCGUGUCUAACUACGCUGAGCUGAUUGUGAAAGAGCCUCCCACACCCAUCGCCCCCCCAGAGCUGCUGGCCGUAGGGGCCACCUACCUGUGGAUCAAGCCAAAUGCCAACUCUAUCAUCGGGGAUGGCCCCAUCAUCCUGAAGGAAGUGGAGUACCGCACCACCACGGGCACCUGGGCUGAGACCCACAUAGUUGACUCUCCCAACUAUAAGCUGUGGCAUCUGGACCCUGACGUGGAGUAUGAGAUCCGAGUGCUGCUCACACGACCGGGGGAGGGAGGCACAGGGCCGCCAGGGCCCCCGCUCACCACUAGAACCAAGUGUGCAGACCCUGUGCACGGCCCGCAGAACGUGGAGAUAGUGGACAUCCGCGCCCGGCAGCUGACCCUGCAGUGGGAACCCUUUGGCUAUGCGGUGACCCGCUGUCACAGCUACAACCUCACGGUGCAGUACCAGUACGUGUUCAACCAGCAGCAGUACGAGGCCGAAGAGGUCAUCCAGACCUCGUCCCACUAUACACUGCGGGGCCUGCGCCCCUUCAUGACCAUCCGGCUGCGGCUCCUGCUGUCCAACCCCGAGGGCCGGAUGGAGAGCGAGGAGCUGGUGGUGCAAACGGAGGAGGAUGUUCCAGGAGCUGUUCCCCUAGAAUCUAUCCAAGGAGGGCCCUUUGAGGAGAAGAUCUACAUCCAAUGGAAACCUCCCAAUGAGACCAACGGGGUCAUCACACUGUAUGAGAUCAACUACAAGGCUGUUGGCUCCCUGGACCCGAGUGCCGACCUCUCCAGCCAGCGGGGGAAGGUGUUCAAGCUGCGGAAUGAAACCCACCACCUCUUUGUGGGUCUGUACCCAGGGACCACCUACUCCUUCACCAUCAAGGCCAGCACAGCAAAGGGCUUUGGGCCCCCUGUCACUACAAGGAUUGCCACCAAAAUUUCAGCUCCAUCGAUGCCGGAAUACGACACAGAUGCCCCACUGAAUGAAACGGACACGACCAUCACGGUGAUGCUGAAGCCUGCUCAGUCCCGGGGAGCCCCUGUCAGUGUUUAUCAGCUGGUUGUCAAGGAGGAGCGACUUCAGAAAUCACGGAGGGCAGCUGAUAUCAUUGAAUGCUUUUCGGUGCCUGUGAGCUAUAGGAAUGCCUCCAGCCUUGAUUCUCUACACUACUUUGCUGCUGAAUUGAAGCCUGCCAACCUGCCUGUCACCCAGCCAUUUACAGUGGGUGACAACAAGACAUACAAUGGAUACUGGAACCCUCCUCUUUCCCCUCUGAAGAGCUACAGCAUCUACUUCCAGGCACUCAGCAAAGCAAAUGGAGAGACCAAAAUCAACUGCGUUCGCCUGGCUACGAAAGCACCAAUGGGCAGCGCCCAGGUGACCCCGGGGACUCCACUCUGCCUCCUCACCACAGGUGCCUCCACUCAAAAUUCUAACACCGUGGAGCCAGAGAAGCAGGUAGACAACACCGUGAAGAUGGCUGGUGUCAUCGCCGGCCUCCUCAUGUUCAUCAUCAUUCUCCUGGGUGUCAUGCUCACCAUCAAAAGGAGAAGAAAUGCUUAUUCCUACUCCUAUUACUUGUCCCAAAGGAAGCUGGCCAAGAAGCAGAAGGAGACACAGAGUGGAGCCCAGAGGGAGAUGGGGCCCGUGGCCUCAGCUGACAAACCCACCACCAAGCUCAGUGCCAGCCGCAACGAUGAAGGCUUCUCCUCUAGCUCUCAGGACGUUAAUGGAUUCACAGAUGGCAGCCGUGGGGAGCUGUCCCAGCCCACCCUCACGAUCCAGACUCACCCCUACCGGGCCUGCGACCCCGUGGAGAUGAGCUAUCCCCGGGACCAGUUCCAGCCCGCCAUCAGGGUGGCUGACCUGCUGCAGCACAUCACCCAGAUGAAGAGAGGCCAGGGCUACGGGUUCAAGGAGGAAUAUGAGGCCUUGCCGGAGGGGCAGACAGCUUCAUGGGACACAGCCAAAGAGGAUGAAAAUCGCAAUAAGAAUCGAUAUGGAAACAUCAUAUCCUAUGACCAUUCCCGAGUGAGGCUGCUGGUGCUGGAUGGAGACCCGCAUUCUGACUACAUCAACGCCAACUACAUUGAUGGAUACCAUCGGCCUCGGCACUACAUUGCAACUCAGGGUCCAAUGCAGGAGACAGUCAAGGACUUUUGGAGAAUGAUCUGGCAGGAGAACUCAGCCAGCAUCGUCAUGGUCACAAACCUCGUGGAAGUGGGCCGGCGCCCAGCGGAACACACUGUGGGAAAUGCCACUGUAGGCCGCGCGGCGUCCCCCGGAAUGGUGAAGUGUGUGCGAUACUGGCCAGAUGACACAGAGGUCUAUGGAGACAUUAAAGUCACCCUGAUUGAAACAGAACCCCUGGCAGAAUAUGUCAUACGCACCUUCACAGUCCAGAAGAAAGGCUACCACGAGAUCCGGGAGCUCCGCCUCUUCCACUUCACCAGCUGGCCUGACCACGGCGUCCCCUGCUAUGCCACCGGCCUCCUGGGCUUCGUGCGCCAAGUCAAGUUCCUCAACCCCCCCGAGGCGGGGCCCAUAGUGGUCCACUGCAGUGCUGGGGCCGGGAGGACUGGCUGCUUCAUCGCUAUUGACACCAUGCUUGACAUGGCCGAGAAUGAAGGGGUAGUGGACAUCUUCAACUGUGUGCGUGAGCUCCGGGCACAGAGGGUCAACCUGGUGCAGACAGAGGAGCAGUAUGUGUUUGUGCACGAUGCCAUCCUGGAAGCCUGCCUCUGCGGCAACACCGCCAUCCCCGUGUGUGAGUUCCGCUCUCUCUACUACAACAUCAGCAGGCUGGACCCCCAGACCAACUCCAGCCAAAUCAAAGAUGAAUUUCAGACCCUCAACAUUGUGACUCCCCGCGUCCGGCCAGAGGACUGCAGCAUCGGGCUCCUGCCCAGGAACCACGAUAAGAACCGGAGCAUGGAUGUCCUGCCUCUGGACCGCUGCCUGCCCUUCCUUAUCUCGGUGGAUGGGGAACCCAGCAACUACGUCAAUGCCGCACUGAUGGACAGCCACAAGCAGCCUGCCGCCUUCGUGGUCACCCAGCACCCUCUACCCAACACCGUGGCAGACUUCUGGAGGCUAGUGUUCGAUUAUAACUGCUCCUCCGUGGUGAUGCUGAAUGAGAUGGACACUGCCCAGCUCUGUAUGCAGUACUGGCCUGAGAAGACCUCCGGGUGCUAUGGGCCCAUCCAGGUGGAGUUUGUGUCGGCAGACAUCGAUGAGGACAUCAUCCACAGAAUAUUCCGCAUCUGUAACAUGGCUCGGCCUCAGGACGGGUACCGCAUAGUCCAGCACCUCCAGUACAUUGGCUGGCCCGCCUACCGUGACACGCCCCCCUCCAAGCGCUCUCUGCUAAAAGUGGUCCGCCGGCUGGAGAAGUGGCAGGAGCAGUAUGAUGGGAGGGAGGGACGCACCGUGGUCCACUGCCUAAAUGGGGGCGGCCGCAGCGGAACCUUCUGUGCUAUCUGCAGCGUGUGUGAGAUGAUCCAGCAGCAAAACAUCAUUGACGUGUUCCACAUUGUGAAAACACUGCGUAACAACAAGUCCAACAUGGUGGAGACCCUGGAACAGUAUAAAUUUGUAUACGAGGUGGCACUGGAAUAUUUAAGCUCCUUUUAGCCCAACGGGAUGGGGAACCUGCUGGAGCCCAGAGGCUGCUGCAGCCAAACCCCCUUUUCCUGUGAAUGGCAGUGACUGGGCUCAGGGGCUGAGAGGCGGCCCCCUGCCCAACUCCAAGGAGAAGACUGGUGGUCCCGUGUUCCGUGGUGGGCCCUGCACCUUCUGAGGGGUCUCCUGUAGCUGUGGGGAUGCUGCUCUGAAAGGCCCAGGCUUCCCUUCCACACCCAACCAGCCACAGCCAUGGGCCCACACACACGUGCCCACGGCAAGGCCCUGGAUUUUUUUUGGUUCCCAGAUCUCUUGCUUUUGUUCUUUUCAAGUUUGCGAAUCUCAUGACAAAGCCGACUGUGCGAGUGUUGGGGCGUGACAGGCUCAACUGCACCUCCCUGCCUCAUGUGUC